CUGAGUGCUGUGCCCGCGCAGUUUAGAGUGAGUGACAGACGUCAACGGGUUUCAAAACGUUUCUGUGCACGUGUUGGUGGCUUUAUGUGGUCGUAAAACUGUCGCCGUUCGGGCAGAAGCAGCAGCAGUAUCGGCCGCAGCCUGGUCCCGGAGCAGCAUUCUCCUGCUCGGUCGGUGAGCCAUGAGCAUGCCACCGCUCCGGCCUCCUCGUCUCAGCCUCACCGAUACUCGUUCACCACCAGCAAGAUGUAUUUCAACCGGAGACCGAAGAAGAUACACAGUGAGGGAGCCUCGCCUCUCUCUCAUCAAUCCAACGGUGCAGGACCUGCUUGCUCGUCCGCCGGUUACCGCAAGGCAGAUGAUGAGAUGUCCGGGACCACUUCCCAGGCGGAUCCCGUAGACGCCACCGCGCGGGCGGUGCUGCUCAACCGGCCCCAGAACACCAAGUUCUGCGACAACCAUGUCAGUACGACCAAGUAUGGGAUUCUUACCUUCCUGCCUCGGUUCUUGUAUGAGCAGAUCAGGCGGGCUGCCAACGCCUUCUUCCUGUUCAUCGCACUCAUGCAGCAAAUCCCUGAUGUAUCGCCGACCGGUCGCUACACCACACUGGUCCCACUCAUCUUCAUCCUCACGGUGGCCGGUAUCAAAGAGAUCAUAGAGGACUAUCAAAGACACAAAGCAGACAACACUGUAAACAAGAAGAAGACAACAGUGCUGCGGAGUGGAGCCUGGCAGACGAUCAUAUGGAAACAGGUGGCAGUAGGAGACAUAGUGAAGGUGACCAAUGGCCAGCACCUUCCAGCUGACAUGGUUAUUGUGUCCUCCAGCGAGCCUCAGGCCAUGUGUUACACUGAGACCUCUAACCUGGAUGGAGAAACCAACCUGAAGAUCAGACAGGGUCUCUCGGUCACGGCUGCCUUUCAGACUCUGGAGGAUUUGGUUGCGCUGUCUGGUUGUUUGGAGUGUGAAGAACCCAACAGACACCUGUAUGACUUCACUGGCACACUGCGGCUGGAAAACCAGAAUCCAGUGCCCCUGGGCCCAGACCAGGUCUUGCUGCGUGGCGCCCAGCUCAGAAACACACAGUGGGUUGUGGGAAUUGUUGUCUACACUGGCCAUGACUCCAAACUGAUGCAGAAUUCCACCAAGGCACCACUGAAGCGCUCUAAUGUGGAGCGGGUGACCAACAUGCAGAUCCUGGUCUUGUUUGGCAUCCUGCUGGUCAUGGCCCUGAUCAGCUCUGUGGGUGCAGCCAUCUGGAACGACAAACAUACUGAAGAUGCCUGCUGGUAUCUGUCCAGGGCGGGGGACAUCUCCACUAACUUUGCAUAUAACCUGCUGACGUUCAUCAUCCUGUACAACAACCUGAUCCCCAUCAGCCUGCUGGUCACUCUGGAGGUGGUCAAGUUCACACAGGCCCUCUUCAUCAACUGGGACAUGGAGAUGUACUACUCGGAGACAGACACGCCGGCCAUGGCUCGAACGUCCAAUCUUAAUGAAGAGCUGGGCCAGGUGAAGUAUCUCUUUUCCGACAAGACCGGAACUCUGACCUGUAACAUCAUGAACUUUAAGAAGUGUACUAUUGCGGGAAUUACAUAUGGCCACUUCCCUGAUCUUGACUGUGAUCGUUCAAUGGAUGACUUCAGCAAUCUGCCGUCCAACAGCAAUAACUCUACAGAGUUUGACGACCCAACUCUCAAACAAAACAUCGAGAAUCAUCCUACAUCACCUCAGAUCUGUGAGUUUCUGACAAUGAUGGCAGUGUGCCACACGGUGGUCCCAGAGAGAGAGGAGGACCAGCUCAUUUACCAGGCCUCUUCUCCAGAUGAAGGAGCGUUGGUCAAAGGGGCCAAAGGGCUCGGGUUUGUCUUCACUGCAAGAACCCCGCAUUCAGUCAUAAUUGAAGCUAGAGGAAAAGAGAUGAGCUAUGAGCUUCUAAAUGUGCUGGAGUUUUCCAGUAACCGCAAGCGCAUGUCUGUGGUGGUCCGAACCCCCAACGGGAAGCUACGGCUGUACUGCAAAGGAGCGGAUAAUGUAAUUUUUGAGCAUCUGACUGAGGCGUCCCAGUACAAAGAAUUAACUGUUGCUCAUCUGGAACAGUUUGCGACUGAAGGACUAAGGACUCUGUGCUUUGCCUAUGUGGACCUGGAGGAAGACGCUUACCAGGAGUGGCUAAAGGAAUACAAUCGCGUCAGCACUGUGCUCAAAGACCGCGCUCUGAAACUAGAGGAGUGUUAUGAACUACUUGAAAAGAACUUACUUCUGUUGGGCGCCACGGCCAUAGAGGACCGUCUUCAGGCCGGCGUACCAGAGACCAUCGCCACUCUGAUGAGGGCCGACAUCAAGAUCUGGGUCCUCACUGGAGACAAGCAGGAGACUGCCAUCAACAUAGGUUACUCCUGUCGUCUGGUGACACACGGCAUGUCCCUCAUCAUUGUCAAUGAGGACUCUCUGGAUGCUACUCGUGCCACUCUGACCGCUCACUGUUCAUCCCUGGGCGACUCGCUGAGGAAGGAAAAUGAGCUGGCACUGGUCAUUGAUGGUCAGACGCUGAAAUAUGCACUGUCCUUCGAGCUCCGCCAGGCCUUCCUUGACUUGGCGUUGUCCUGCAAGGCUGUCAUCUGCUGCCGAGUUUCUCCGCUGCAGAAGUCUGAGAUUGUGGAUAUGGUGAAGAAACACGUGAAGGCCAUCACGCUGGCGAUCGGCGACGGUGCAAACGAUGUGGGCAUGAUUCAGACGGCCCACGUUGGAGUGGGGAUCAGCGGCAACGAGGGCAUGCAGGCCACCAACUCUUCCGACUACUCUAUAGCACAGUUCUGCUACCUAGAGAAGCUCCUAUUGGUCCAUGGAGCGUGGAGCUACAACCGUGUCACCAAGUGCAUCCUCUACUGUUUCUAUAAGAACGUGGUCCUCUACAUUAUAGAGCUCUGGUUCGCCUUUGUGAACGGGUUCUCUGGCCAGAUCCUCUUUGAGCGCUGGUGUAUCGGCCUCUACAAUGUGAUAUUUACGGCACUCCCCCCGUUCACUCUGGGGAUAUUUGACCGGCCGUGCAGCCAGCAGAACAUGCUCCGUUUCCCACAGCUCUACCGAAUCACCCAGAAUGCCGAGGGCUUCAACACCAAGGUGUUUUGGGGUACCUGUAUCAAUGCACUGAUUCAUUCAGUUAUUCUCUUUUGGUUUCCACUCAAAAUGUUAGAGCAUGACUCUCCGUUCAGUGAUGGUCAGGGAAAUGACUACUUGUUUGUUGGGAAUAUGGUCUACACAUAUGUGGUAGUUACAGUAUGUCUGAAAGCUGGAAUGGAGACCACAGCUUGGACCAGGCUGUCCACACAACAGACUGGCAGUAAUGAAGCAGGGUCCCACUGGAAUUCACACAGUGUCCUCUUUCAGCGGAUCACAGUGCGGGGCCAAGAUAUGGGAAGGAUUGAGGGAAAGUUUUCCCACCUGGCGGUAUGGGGAAGCAUGGCGCUCUGGAUGGUCUUCUUCGCUGUCUACUCUGCAAUCUGGCCCACUGUCCCCAUCGCCCCCGACAUGCUGGGCCAGGCUGGCAAGGUGAUGCAGUGCUGGUACUUCUGGCUGGGCCUGGUUCUGGUGCCUACCGCGUGUUUAGUCAAAGACUUCGCUUGGACCACCACACGUCGCACCGUGAGGAAGUCUCUUCUCGAGGAGGUGCAGGAGUUGGAGGCUCGGGCGGUAGACCCAGGGGCAGCUGUACUUCGGGAUGCCAGCGGCCGCAGUCUAAACGAACGGGCCCAUCUGCUGACAAGAGUCUUUAAGAAAACCUCUUCAAGCGUCGGACGCUCAAACUCGGUGCAGCAGACCGUGUCACAUGGCUACGCCUUCUCUCAAGAGGAGCACGGUGUCGUGUCUCAAUCCCAGGUAGUGCGCUCCUACGACACCACCCGCGAACGCCCCAGCCUCUAGCGCUCCCCCUGCCCAAGGCUUUGGCUCACCGUAGCAACGGUUAUCAAGGUGACAGCGGAGACUGACUUAUGUGACGCCCUCACACUGGGUGAUGGACCCUCCCCCGCUGUGGCCUUAAUGGAACUAUGACCUGACCCCUCGCCGGAGGAGGGUGUCACGGUCAGGCGUGCUGGCGCAUAGAGGGACCAGGCCGACUUUAUGGGGGGGAAAACAUUCUUCAAACUUGCAUAAGCUGCACAGGCAUUAACAAUCAUAUCCACGCACAGACAUGACAAGUCAAACUCAGAGACUGCUGCUCAUAUCUGUAUACCCCGCAGACUGGGUUUGCUUCAUGCCACUGUGUGUUUAUCUGUGUGUACGUGUGUGUGUGUGUGUGUGUGCAUUCCCGUGCGUCUGUAUCUGCCUGUGCAUGUACUUCUGCACGCAUUGGCGCUCCUGUAUUUGUGUGCAUGUGUGUCGGCCCGCGUGUGUUUGCUUCCACGGUUCUCUCAUCUCUCUCGUGAAGGGGGUUUAGCUUGUCUGUCAUCACAUGUGGACGCAGGACGGGAAGACGGCGUCAAAAUAAACACACGCAUGUACACGCACUGAUGAAUUCCUUUAAAGGGAAGGAGCGAAGGAAGCAAAGACUGAGGACCGCCGGAGCCCCGAACCCCAGCUAACCUGUCCCAUCGCAACACCAAGCCUCACUGCCAAACACCAUAGAGAUGCCACUGAGGCAGAACGCUCAUGCCAAACUGGACCGCCACCCUGCUGCAUCCCCUCCUCCCCCACAGAGACGUCCUCUUGCUUAUCUCUCCUUGAGCCUUCAUCUCUUCCUUCCAAUCGCUCCGUCUCCUAGCCGCUCUGUAGCCUCCACGUCUCUCCUCUAGCACGUCUCCACGUCUCGGCCCGUUUUUAAAAAUCCACUUUGUUUCCUGUUGUUUCCGACCGCUCCUGUGAUUCCUGUCAAGAGCAUCAAGCCUGGCAUUAGAGCUUCCUCUUGGAUUUCCAUUCCUUACAGGACUGUUUCUUUCUUUUUUUAUUAUUAAAGUUAACGUGUAUGUGUUUAUA